UUUCUUUACUUCAUAAAAAAGGAAAAUUCAACUCCUCCAUAAAAAAAGUGCAACUUGCCUCAACAAAACCACGUGUUUUGUUAAAAAAGUUGGAAGCGCCUUAGAAAAACAACGCCGUUUUGUCAGACGAUUAAAAAAAUAACACACGCAGCUUCUCUUCUUCCCCAGCAAGCUCUCCUCGUCCUCCUCAGGCUUUUCAUCAAACGGAUGGUGGGCAGUUCAAGGGUCACACCUCCAAGCCUAUUUCCAUGACUGUUAAGGGGUCGGUUGCCCUCUAUGACCUCCCAAGUUUCCUCCAUAUCUAACCAAUUUCUGUUUCUGGUUCGAAUUUUUGUGAGGUUUUGUUCAAUCGUAGUUUGAAGAGGCGUAGCAGCCAGAAUCUGAGGUCCCAUAGGAACCCCUCUUUUUUCUCCAUUCUUUUAGCUUGCUGCUGUCGCGCCGGAGCUGCAACUACCCGAUCAACUGUACCAACUUGAUGGAGUGCGUGGUUCAGGGAAUUAUAGAAACACAGCAUGUUGAGGCCCUUGAGAUUCUUCUUCAGGGUCUUUGUGGUGUUCGCAGAGAACGUUUGAGGGUCCAUGAGAUAUGUCUUAAAAGUGGCCCGAACCUUGGGGCUGUAGCUUCAGAGGUUCGACUUAUAUGCAAUCUUGAGCAAACUGAACCAACAUGGACCGUAAGGCAUAUAGGAGGUGCAAUGAGAGGUGCAGGUGCCGAGCAAAUUUCAGUUCUAGUAAGAACCAUGGUCGAAAGCAAAGCAAGCAAGAAUGUGCUUCGCUUAUUUUAUGCACUUGGCUACAAGUUGGACCAUGAGCUUCUGAGGGUGGGAUUUGCCUUCCAUUUCCAGAGGGGGACACAGAUCACUGUGACUGUGUCAUCAGUUAAUAAGAUGCUACAACUGCAUGCCACAGAUGAGGCUGUCCCUGUAACUCCCGGGAUACAGUUGGUAGAAGUGACAGCCCCUGCUACAUCUGAAAACUACACUGAAGUUGUAGCUGCAAUAUCAUCUUUUUGUGAAUAUCUUGCACCGCUCCUGCAUUUGUCAAAACCGGGCAUUUCAACUGGGGUUGUUCCUACUGCUGCUGCGGCUGCUGCAUCUCUUAUGUCAGAUGGUGGGGGUACGACCUUAUAGCAGAAGUUGUAAAUUGCUUUGAUUUAAGUAUCUCAUGUCAAUGUUGAAUGAUAUAUAUGUAUCAUCUAUAGCAAUCAGAACUGCUUGUCAAACUUCAUGUUAAUUCCCCAAAGUAGUUUUUCCAUAACUUGAACUUUAGAUAGUUGUGUUAGUGACAGUUCCUCACAUGUAGUCGUGAUCGUCAAUGACAAUCACAGCUCUCUCUUUUCCCUAGGCAA